UAAAAAAAAAAAAAAAAUUUUAUAAAUCGAGAAAAAGUGAUAAUGAAGUGAAAUAUAAGCUUUAAGAUAAAUAAUUAUGCAUUCUAAAUAUAAUUCGAUGUGUUUGAUUUUGAAAAAUUUUGACAUUUUUGAAAAAUAUCUUUGGAAUUUUUUUACAGUAGAUUAGUAAAUUUAAAAUAAUUUUUCGCGAAUAAAAAAAAGAACGCCUUUACAAAAAUUUUUUUAUAUAAUAAAUAUUUGUAAUGGAAAAUCAAUCGUGUGGAGAUACUGAAAGCCUUAUUGGAUCUCCAAUUUUAAAUAGACAAAAUGUGAACGAUACUUGUAAUCUAAAUAUAAUAAGUAAUAUACAAACGAAUGGUGGUUCUAAUCUAAAUAAUGCGUCAUCGUCAAUUAAUGAAAAACAAACAUUGCAAAAUCAAAAUCAAGGUAAUAAUAAUAGCAAAAUGGAGUCAAAUAAUGUUAUAAAAAAUUCAUCAUUGAGUAGUCCACAAAUUAUGUCACCAACUUCUGGUGUUGCAGUUGAUCAGCAGGUCUUGAAGGUAACAAUUCAUAAAGAUGCUAAUGGAUACGGAAUGAAAGUUUCAGGUGAUAAUCCAGUAUUUGUUGAAAGUGUUAAAACUGGUGGCGCAGCCCAAAAAGCUGGAUUAAUGGCAAAUGAUAUGAUUUUAAAAGUAAAUGGUGUUGAAGUUCGAACACAAAAACAUACAACAGUUGUAAGUUUAAUAAAAUCAAGCGGACAAGUUGAUUUAACUGUUAAAAGAAGCUUAAAAAUGCAUCGUCCAACAUCUUUGGGUAUACAUCAACAGCAAUCAUUUUCAAUAAGUAAUAGAGAUAAAGCAAUAACUGCACCACAACCUGUAGACAAUAAUACACAAAAGAGUGUGGAAUUUAAUAAGAUCAGAACUUUGCAAAUGAUGCUUAAUCAAGAAUUAAGAUCUUUGGAAGAAUUGCGAUCAUCGAAUUCUGCAACUGAUCGUACAGAAAGGGCAAAAACUGAAGCAAAUAUAAGAAAGCUCAAAGAACAAUUAAGGCAAGUUGGAGGUGAAGAAAGUGUAAGACAAUAUAUUCCAACAAAAAUUCCAACAAUGACUACACCAGUUUCAAGUUCAAAUUUCCUUCCAACCACAAACUUAUGUAAUACGCCAUCUCCAAAUAUAAAUCCAGUGCAACAAAUAACAACUCCAACUUCUCAUCAUACAAAUCCAGCGCUUUUAUCACUAUUUCCAAGAUCCUUAUCAUCUUUGAGUCUUGGUACUAAAAAAUUAAAAGAAAAUGAUCCUUCGCCACUUAUAAAUAAUCAAAAAACUCAACAAAAUCAAAACUCUAAACAACAAAAAAUAACACCAACGAAAAAGAAAAAAGAAGAAAGUCGUCUGGCAAAAGAAAAUGCACAAAAUUUGAAAUCAAGAAAAAAUGAAACUUCACCGCCACCACCAUUGCCACAAAGAAAUAUUCCAAGAACUCAAGAGAUAACAAUAAAUGUUGAUGGCAACAAAAGAAAAAGUAAAUCAAAAACAAAAGCUUUAUCAGAUCCAAAAAUGAGUACACAAUUAUUUUUACAAGUUGAAUCUGGUACUGGUAAUGAAGAUGAAAAUGAUUUAUUAAUACCACCACCAUUACCACCAAGACAAAUUGGUAUGAUGGAAGAAUUAAAACAACAGGAUAAUUCAAAUGGAAUACAAAAAGGUGGUCGAUCAUCACAAACAAGUUUAGAAACUUUACUCAGUUAUACAAUGAAUCCAAUGCAUCAAUUUUCAUCUUCAAAUAAAUCAUCUGGAAUACAAAAAUCUCCUCAAAAUAAUUCAAGUAAACAUCGACGUGUUGUAUCAUCACCAGAUAAUUUACAACAAAAAAAUGAUUCUCAUAUAGAUCGUCACAAUAAACCACAUACAAAUUCAUGGGAGCUAUUAGAGAAAGACAAUGCUACUCCACCGGGAACUCCACCACCUCCAUACCCAUCAUCUGGGAAUUUAUCUCAAAUGCAUGCAGGUAUGGAAGAAAUCGAUAAUCAUAUAUUUAUGGAUCAAGCUGCAAGAUUUGGUAGUCCUACGAGACAAGUAUUUGGUAAUCAAAUACAUGCAGCACAACAAUCAUCAGAAGCAAUACAAAAAGAAAUAAUGUCAAUGGAAGAUGAAGAUAUUUCUGAUGAUCAAGAUCUUAUUGUUGAUGAACAUGGUCCAUUUAAUUAUUUGCAACGACUUUUAGAACCAGAAAAUAUGGCACAUUUAGCAGUAUUCUUAAAUUAUGUUAUCUCAAAUUCAGAUCCUGAACCAUUACUUUUUUAUUUAAUAACGGGAAAUUUAUAUAAAGAAGGAACUGUUAAAGAUAUGCGUAAAUGGGCAUAUGAAAUUCAUUCAACAUUCUUAGUACCGAAUGCUCCAUUGGCAUGGUUUACAGCUGAUGAAAAUUUGGUACGUGAAAUUGAUAAUGUUUUACAAAAUGAAUAUGAUAAAGCUGAAAUUUUACGUAAAAUAUUUUGGAAAAGUCGUAAGAAGGCUAAAGAGCAUAUCUGUGAACAAUUAAUUGAUUUUCAACAAAAACGUAAUGCUGGCUUAGGAACUAUUUAUGGGCCGAGUGACAUGGAAUUAAAUGUUGCAAGAGGUGAUAAAGUUAAGGAGCAAAAAGUUUUUGAAGAAACUUUAGUUAGAAAAUUACAAAUUAUGGUUGAUGAAUUGGAAAAGGAAGCUCCUGAAGAAGAUGCUAAGAAAUUAGCUUUAUCUUCAGCUUUAUCAACCGUGCUAAAUCGCUUGUUUAUAACAAGAUCAAAUCCAGGAAGUCCAAUCGGUAAAUUAAAUAAUUUCGUAAGCAGAGAAAAAAGUUUCAAAAAAAUUAUGGGUAAAAACCGAAAACAAAGUGUACGAGGACAUUCAUUUACAUUGCAUCAAUACUAUGAGGUGACGCAUUGUAAUAACUGUCAUGGUAUUAUUUGGGGUAUAAGUCCUCAGGGAUAUCAUUGUACAGAUUGUAAGCAAAAUUUUCAUCGAAAUUGUUUAAAGAAAUUAGAAGAAGAUUGUCCUGGUCCGGUACCACAAAUGCGUAAAGAGCAUUCAGAAAAACAUAAUGAUAGUAAAAUAAGUAAAUUAAUUAUGGGAAAAAUUCGUUCUAGUCAUCACAAUACUUCACAAAAUGAAAGACGAAGUAUGUUUGAUAAAGUUAGUAUAGAGGAAACACAUGAUACCGAAAUUGCUAAUCCAAUGGCUCAUGAAAUAACAGACUGCAGGUCAGAUUUGAUAAAUGUCUCUGUUGGAUCUAGUGGAUUUACUGGUAAUUUAGAAAACAGUGAAAUAGGUAUAUCACCAUUAAGUAAAGCCGAUACAAAUGUAGUAGAUGUACAUCGUUCUACUAAAAGAGAAAGACAAUUGUCAAACUCAGCACCACACUCUGUUAUUCGAUCUGAAUCGUACAAAGAAAGAUUAAGCCAUAAAAGGGAUCGUAAUAAUAGAAGAAAAACAUCCGAUCCUAGCCUAACUAAAACGAACGAUGCUUUAAGUGGAAUUUUAGCACUCGAAAGAUUCUCAGCAAGCUCUAGUUCAAGUUGUGGCAGCCUUUCAUCAGAAAGAGAUAGUCUUCAUAAUAGUCCCAGUUUGUCUCUGGAACAAAUGGGUGCUCACAGUCAACAUUUACAUCAACAACUACAUCAAGGUAUACAUCAGCAUGGACAUCCACAUCUUCCGCCGCCAAGUGGCGUAAACUUUGUAGGACAGUACAUAGAUUACGAUGACGAUGAUGAUUUCGACGAUUGGUCAUCCAACGUUGACCCUGAAAUUUUAGCAACAUUGUCCGAGUACGAAAAGAAACGUCAAGAAAUAAUAAAUGAACUUUAUCAUUCAGAACGCAGUCAUAACAGAAUUUUAAGACUUUUGGACGGGGUAUUUUACAGACCGCUGUUAGAGUCAAAUGUUUUAGGUUAUGAUCAUUUGCAACUAUUAUUCCCUCCAGUUUUAAUGCAAUUGAAAGAAUUGCAUGGUUCGUUUGAAGCAAAAUUAAAAGUACGUAGAUUGGAAGAUAAAAAUGUUGUCAAAUCUGUUGGUGACAUAUUGGCUGAAAUGUUUGAAGGACAAUCUGGUGAAAAUUUAAGAGAUUACGCCGCACAAUUUUGCUCAAGGCAACAAAUUGCUCUCAAAGCUCUUAAAGACAGACGUGCUAAGGAUGAACAUUUACAUCGUUUCCUUACUAAAGCUGAAUCACAUAAAGCAUGUCGCCGUCUUCAACUCCAGGAUCUUCUGCCAGCCGUUUUGCAACGAUUAACUAAAUAUCCAUUACUCUUUGAAAACUUAUAUAAAAUCCAAAGCAAGGAAUACCCUGAUGACGUUAGCGAAGCAGAGGCUAUUAGAAAAUCACUAGAAUCUUCGAAGAAAAUAUUAGUCGACGUCAAUCAGGCCGUAAAAAUUGCCGAAGACACAUACAAAUUAGAAACAAUUCAAAGAAAGCUAGAUAAGUCAAGUUUUGAUAAAGAAACUGGCAAUGAAUUCAAAAACUUGGACUUAACAAAAUUGAAACUUGUUCAUGACGGUCAGCUGGCCAUGAAAAAAAAUCCAGGGGUACCAUUAUAUGGUCUUUUAUUUGAAAAUAUAAUGGUUUUAUUGCAGAAACAUGAUGACAAAUAUAUUUUAAAAUAUUUUCCAAAUAGCACAGCAACAGCUACUAACGAUAAUAGCAAAGGAAUAAGUCCAAUUAUUUAUUUUGAUCAUCAGACAUAUGUUCGACAGUCAGCUGUGGACAAAAAUACCUUUUUCUUACUUGUCACAAAAACAUCACAAAUGUUGGAGCUCAGGGCACCAAGUAGUUCUGAAUGUAAGGCAUGGUUUAAGCAAAUAAGUGACAUUGCAGAAAAGCAUACAACACAUACUCAGCGCUCAAAAGUACAUUAUGACGUAACGGAAGAUACAUCAACUUCAAAUAAUCAUCAUUCCCCUGCUAGAGACACGCACGAAAGCACGCCGGAAUGGAUAGCCAGUCAUUCAAAUAACAAUAUUAGUACAAAUAUAAAUAACAGUCUAAAUAGAAGUGAGUCUCAAUCGAUUUCUGUAUCGAAUUUGCCUUCAGGUGAUGUUUCAAACAAUGAUUCUGUAUCUGAGAAUAAAUGUGAAAGUCAACAAAUAUCAACUGAAGUAACAGAUAAAAUUCAGCUUGAAAUUGAAACUGACAAUGAAGUUGACGAAAGUGCAGUUGUAAUUAAAAGCCAUCAAAAUAUUUAUGAAAAUGACGUUGAAAUUACUCUAACACCGCAACUGCGUUCGGAUCAAUCUGUGGAGAGACUGCGUCAGCUUGAUAAGAUAAUUGAAGAUGCUUUAGCUGAAAAGCAAAAAAUUGUUUGUGAUAUGUAUCGUAUACCAAAUGAACAUUUUGCUGCUAUCGCAGAUAUAGCUAGCCAACCAGAAGCACCAAAAGACUCAGCUGAUAUUAUAUUAGCUGCAUUUUCUCAAGUACAAUCACUUACUUCAAUUUUAACUGAAUAUAUAAAGAAACCUGAUAAUAACAUUGUUAUUUGUAAUAAAUGCCAUCUCUGUCCCCCUGAAUACAAAAAGUCAGAUAUUUUGAAAAAAGACGAUAUUGCAAAAGUAUCAAAUCAAGAAGAGUUUGUAGAACAAAUUGAUAACCAAAAUGAUGUUUCUUUAGAACAAUCAAAGAAUGAAGAUCUGUCUAAUAAUGAUAACAAUGAAUCUGAUUCGCAAAGCAUUUCAGAAAAGUCACCUAUUCCUGAAACAGAAAAUACAUCCACCAAAGAAGAAAGCACAUCAUCAAUAACAGAAACAAAAGAUGAAACUGAUAAAAUUAUUGAAGAUACAAUAUUGCAGGAAGAUGAUGGUUAUUGCGAAAUCGAUCGAUUACGUUUACCUUCAAGUGGUUUUAUAGAACAACCACCACCAAAUUUACCUGAGCCAUCAAGAAAAGUAUGCGCAAUAAAUGCCAAUAGAAUUCUAGAAGAAACAGAGCAGGAUAUUAAAAAUAUUGUUGAUGAAAAAACAAAUUGUGAAUAUCAAAGCAAUGGUGCUAUACCUAAAGAAAAUGCUAACAAAACAUCAAAUGCAGAUGAAAGUGCAAUAAAGAAUUCAGAAUGUAAUACUAAUAAAAAAUUAUUUGGACCAUUAUAUAAAAUACCAAUACCACCUGUGGAACCAUCGAUUCCAUGCUCAGCUAUAUAUGAAAUUGUUUUAGCUUUAAAUUCUCAAAUUUCAUUAUUAUUGCAAAAAAUUAAUGAAAAUGAUCAGGAGCGUGAAAAAUACCGAAAAGAAAAUAAUAAGUUACGUGAAAUUUUAAAUCAAAUGAUUGAGCAUCAACGAAUUGCUGUUGAGAAGAUAGCUCUCGAAACAAAAAGAAAUGAUGAUGACAGAUCAGAUACUGAACCAGCAUUAACGAAAAAUGAGUCGAAAAGUGAAGAAAAUUAAAAUGAAAAAAUUAUGAAAGAACUAAAUAUCAAAAUAUGUAUUUAAUUUUAAAAUCAAACAAAUUAUAUUUGUAUACGUUAUUAUACAUCAACAAUAAUAUUUUAAUAUGAGUUUUUUGGUGUUUGUGUUACAAUAUGCAUUAUGUAUUUGCUUUUUGAAGAUAAGUUGAAAAUGUUUAAUUAAUUUUCCUAUUAUUUCAAUAUUACAAGCAGUAUUUUUAAAAAUCUUGUCUAUUAUUCAUGGAUAUUAAGUUUAAAAAAUUAAAUUUUCUUAUACAAAACUAUAAUUUAUCAUUUUUUUUU